GUCAUUUGAGGGAACGUGCGCCCGUCUACAUACGUGCUUCGAGAACCUGAAGCCGCUAUACCCGGAGAAUGGGAGCCCGAUGCCAAUUCUUGAUCCCCUUGUGCACCAGGCUUUUAUCGGAAUUGACACACUCACCACUGUAGCAAAUUCGUAUAACUUGCCAAGGAAGGAGCAGAAUAAGACAAUGCUUUUGAAGUUGUUGUUCCACAUCAAGAACAGAUAUUCGUCCAUUCUGACACUGGACCAGAGAGAUGAGCUGGACAGUCGUGUGAGGCAGUUGGUUUUCGAGGAUAAAGACAAUGUCAAUGACCCAAGUACCAGUGGCUCGGCUCCAUCUGGGCAGGUUUCGUCAGGGAGAUUGCCAUACGAAUCAGGAGCAGCAAAUUCAUUCAGUGGAUCUAGCUUACCGAGGUUGGAAAUACCCGCAAAAAGGAUUAGUCCCUUGUUGGAUCUUCAUGCAGAUUAUGAUGAGAACAGCUUACCCUCGCCCACACGGGAUAAUGCACCUCCUUUUCCUGUGCCAAAGCCUAUAGGGUUUGGGGCAUUUCCAAUGGUACCUGAGAGACCAUCUUUCCCAGAGAGGGAGUCUGGAAGGAAUUCGAUAUAUCCAUCCUUAAAUGAUCCUCUGAAGGCUGUUUCAUCAUAUCAGCAGAAGUAUGGGCAGAAAUCUGUCUUUCCAAGUGAUGAUCUGCCAAGUCCAACUCCUUCUGGUGAUGAUGGUAAAUCUGCAGACAAAGGUGGUGAUAUAUUUGGUGAGAUUUCCAGCUUCCCAGCUCCAAAGAAGACUGCACUGCCAAGUACAAGUCAGAUGCCUGCUUCUCAACCUAACACAACCAGCGGCAGCAAUAUUAGUUAUGCGGGUGGUCCACCUGGUUAUGGUAAACAAGCUGAGCAAUUGGCUGCAGGUCCAAAUCAUGCACUAAAGGCUACAUCUAAAAGUAGAGAUCCAAGGCUCAGGUUUUUGAACCGUGAUUCUGCUGGUGCUACAGAUGCAAAUCAGCGUGUGAAUUUUUCAGAUCUGAAGGAUGGGAAUUUGGGUGCUGGAGUGCCAACUAUUAACCGUAAACACAAAGCAGUUGAUGAACCUCAGGUGGAUGAAAACGUGCUAAAAAGAUUUAGGCUUGGUGCUGGGGAUCCAAGAAACAUGCUGGUGCCAACAGGGAAUCCCAAUCAGCUUAUGACCAACAUGAGGGCUCCCCCAAACAGCAGUGGAGCCACUACACCAUUUUUGCACCCCACUCAAAGUUCUGCUCCACAAAUCAGUGCACCUCCUGCUGUUUCAUUGCCUUCUUCUCUAUUAAAGGACAUUGCUGGGAAUCCAACAGUUCUGAUGAAUUGGAUUAAAAUGGAACAGCAGAAGAUGUCAGCAUCAGAACCUCAGCAGGUAGCCAUGUCUAGUGGCACGAUCAGUAUUGGAAUUGCUGGCACGGUUUUACCACCUGGCAGUGCUCCAAAGACCACAGAAGCUGCACAAGUUCCGUCUGUUCGGCCACAGGUUCUGAUGCAGACACCACCUCUGAACUCACAAAACGAUACUGGUAUACUACGAAUGAAGCCCCGCGAUCCCAGGAGGAUCCUUCAUAAUAGCAUAGCCCAGAAAACGGAUGCAGUGGGCUUGGAGCAACACAAAUCUAAUGGAACUAAGCCUGAUUCUCAGGGCACCAAGGAUCAGACUACUUCAAUGGUUUCUCAACCAGCUUUGGUGUCUGGUAUUGCACGUCCGUUCACCAUGAGCACGAAGCAUGUUGAUCCUGUCUCAAAUUCACAGUUAGCUGCUACAGCUCUUAUGGCUCCUACACAACAAGCUUCAAGCAGCCUAACUAGGGUGGAUCCGAGGCUGGCCGUUGAACAGAAUGGUCAUAAUGCUUAUGCAGCUAAUGCUCCUGCAACACCACUUGAAGCUGUGCAGCCAGUUAACCCAUGGGGUGAUGUUGAUCAUCUCCUUGAUGGUUAUGAUGAUCAACAAAAAGCUCUCAUACAGAAGGAAAGGGCAAGACGGAUCACAGAACAGCACAAAAUGUUUUCAGCACGGAAGCUAUGCUUGGUGCUUGAUCUGGAUCACACCCUUCUUAAUUCCGCAAAGUUUAUAGAGGUGGACUCUGUACAUGAAGAGAUCUUGCGGAAGAAAGAGGAACAGGACAGGUCUAUGCCAGAACGCCAUCUCUAUCGUUUUCACCAUAUGAAUAUGUGGACGAAACUGAGACCAGGAAUAUGGAAUUUCCUUGAUAAGGCGAGUAAGCUCUUCGAGUUGCACCUGUACACCAUGGGGAACAAACUUUACGCUACUGAGAUGGCUAAGGUUCUUGACCCUACUGGGACCUUGUUUGCUGGGCGAGUCAUCUCAAGAGGUGAUGAUGGUGAUCCUUUUGAUAGUGACGAGCGAUUGCCCAAGAGUAAAGAUCUGGAUGGGGUAUUGGGGAUGGAAUCUGCAGUGGUAAUCAUAGAUGAUUCUGUAAGAGUCUGGCCUCACAACAGACACAAUUUGAUAGUUGUAGAGAGAUACACCUAUUUUCCCUGCAGUAGACGUCAAUUCGGCCUUCCUGGACCAUCGCUUCUGGAGAUUGACAGAGACGAGAGGCCAGAGGAUGGUACCCUUGCUUCUUCACUGGCGGUCAUUGAGCGAAUUCACCACAACUUCUUUUCUCAUCCUAAACUCAAUGAGGCUGAUGUGCGAACCAUACUAUCAGAUGAGCAGAAGAGGAUCCUUGCUGGCUGUCAUAUAGUCUUUAGCCGAGUUUUCCCGGUUGGAGACACAAAACCUCAUUUGCAUCCUCUGUGGCAGACUGCAGAGCAGUUUGGUGCAGUCUGCACGAACCUGAUUGACGAAAAGGUCACUCAUGUCGUUGCUAAUUCCCUCGGGACAGACAAGGUGAACUGGGCAUUGUCCACAGGCAGAUUCGUGGUGCACCCGGGAUGGGUAGAAGCUUCAGCUCUGCUGUAUCGGCGCGCCAAUGAGCUUGACUUUCUAGUCAAAUAAUACCCUGCUGAGCCCCAGUUCUCCAUCUAGGCUCCAGGGAAGAAUUCUUCUUCUCGGGAUGGGAUCCAGUCAUGGAAACAUAACAUGAUAAAAAAAUACUAACAACAUUCUAAAACCGGACCCAUAGUAAGAAUCGAACCAACUAAAUUUCAGGCUUUAAUACAAUGGGUAACAAGAAACAAAUGCUUUAUGAAAAGCCUGAAAGAGGGGACUGGGACAACAAUCGAUGUCAUUACUGGAGGUGGUGGUUGCUUUGGUUCAGAAGUAUUCUUAGAAAAGAGCCAGAUGUGCGCUAAACGAAGUCCAUUGUGCGCUCACCAACUCCCCCAUUUGUAACAUGUUAAAUUGGUGCAUUUUUGGUAGGAGUAAUAGGUUCGGAUGCUGCCUGUAGCCACAGAAAUGUGGUGUUUCGGUAGCCGCCGCGGGUUGCCCAUCGAAGUGGCAAUUGAACUGACGUGCGGCGGUAAUUUUGAACGAGGCAGUAUGUUUAUGUAUGUCUUGGGGGUAAAAGUGUGGCUGGUUGCGUCUUGUGCCGUCAAACGCUGAAAAGGCAUUUGGACAAGGACACCUGCUGCUCCCAAAGAUGAUGGUGGUUAGUGGGGUUCGUAUAGCGGGAAUGGAUAAUUGGGGGUCAAUGGUGGCAGAGAAGAGUGCAUAUGAUGUGAUCCGUUGGUUACUGGUUAUUACAUGUGAAAGAUUAUUCCAAACAGGAAACGCGUGACCGGAUGCUA